AUGAGUUCUGCUUUAAGUUUUACAGCGCGACCAUUAAGCGCCAUUCGUGCUGGGAGAACAGAUAUUUCCCGAUCAAAUGCCUGGCACCUUCGGCCUCACCAAACUGAAAAUGCCGGAGCCGUUCACGACAACUGUACACCCUUCACUACUUUGGGCUCUUUGCGACUUCGGCAGAAACUAGAUCGAGUGAUACUUAUGAUUUCUUAA